AUGAUAGACAUCAUCCUCUACCAUGGCUGGUCUUACAUAUCCGCCAUCCACGAGGAAGGCAAUUACGGUGAGACCGCUCUCAAGACUUUCCGGCGCUACGCUAAGGCCUUCGGCAUCUGUAUCGCCGUGGACGCUCAGCUAAGCCUGUCUUCAACGGAGGAAGAUAAUGACCAAGUAGUGAGAAACUUGGUGAACCAUAAAAAUGCUCACGUGGUGGUGGUUUUCAGUGGACCAGCUGUGGCUCUUCAGCUCUUCAAGGCCGUUGAACGUGCAGGAAUAACGAGGAUGUUUCAGUGGAUUGGAAGCGAGGCGUGGGGCACCCGGAUCAACUCUCUGGUUGAGGUGUUGGAUGUCGUUGCCGGAGCAAUAACGGUGCAGGUUUCAUGGCGGUAUGUGCCUGAUUUUGAUCGAUAUUUCACCUCUCUCCAGCUGGGGGAUAAGCCGGGAAACCCGUGGUUUGAGGAGUUCUGGGAGAUGCAGUUUGGAUGCUCCUGGAAAGAUGGCGCCACCCGCCCUUGCGACGAAACAGAUACCGUUUCAAAAAGCGCCACCUAUAAACCGAUUAAGAAUAUUUCCCCGGUGAUAGAUUCCGUAACAACAUUUGCCUACGCCUUGCAUGACGUCAUCGAAAAGCGUUGCCCCGGAGCGACGGGAAAAGGAGCUCGUGACUGCAUCAGUGGGCCACACCUACUAGAGAGCUUAAAGAACAUCACAUUUGAAGGAGUUCUGGGGAAGAUCGCCUUUGAUGAAAAUGGGGACUUUUUGGGACAAUACGACCUUGUGCAACUGAUAGAUGUUCGAGGACCCAACUAUAAACAGGUCAAACUGGCCACAUGGGACGCCACUCUCAACGGCCUGAUAUUCGACGGUAAGCCAAUAAAAUGGAACUUGGACGACUCGGACCCUGCGAAUCAAACCGUCCCCGAAUCAGUGUGUGCUAAACCAUGCAGGCCUGGGGAGUUCUACAUCCCAAAAGAACUCAAAUGUUGCUGGGAGUGCCGCCACUGUAGGGACAACGAAAUCACCAUCAACAAUGCCUCCACCUGCCUGGCGUGUCCCAUCUUUCAAUGGCCAGAACAGUCAACCUUCACCUCAUGUGAGCCGAUCGCAGCAGAGCACGUGCGAUGGGGAGAUCCAUUGGCCAUUGGCAUAGUAAUUGUAGCUUUACUAGGUCUCUUGGCUACAGUGGCCACUUCAGUUUUCUACAUUCGAUUCAACAAAGAACGCCUCAUUAAAGCCUCCAGUCGUGAACUCAGUUUCCUCAUGCUCAUUGGAAUACUUCUCGGUUAUGUAACGGCAAUCAUUUUCUUGGCGACCCCCAAAGAUUAUUUGUGCUACUGUGAGUAUUUGGGCUUCAGUCUCAGCUUUUCUUGGCUGUAUGCACCUCUAGCGACCAGAACCAACAGAAUUUAUAGAAUUUUCAACACUGGGAAGAAAUCGACCAUUCGACCAAAAUUCAUCUCACCGAGGUCACAAGUGACAAUAGCGACGAUAUUUAUUACUGUUCAGGUUAUCAUAAGCAUCAUAACCGCCAUAGUUGUACCACCGACGGCAGAACUCUCCAUGCCGGUGAAGACAGAGAGAUUCGUGGAGCUCUACUGCAAUAUUCCCAUAGAAGGACUGAUAGCAUUUUUGACGUACAACCUGUGCCUGAUCGUCGUGUGCAGUGUCCACGCCUUUAAGACACGGAAGCUGCCGGAUAACUUCAACGAGUCGCGCUUCAUCUCCAUGACGGUCUAUACCACCCUGGUGAUAUGGCUGGCUUUCAUUCCGACAUAUUUUACAACGGGCAAGGCUUACUACAAGGUUAUCCUUCUAGCCUGUGCCCUAAUCAUCAACGACACCGUCGCCCUGUCAUUCUUGUUUCUCCCGAAGGUCUACGCCGUCCUUUACGUGGAUCAGGACACCCUUAAGAUGACCUCGACAAACCCGGGGGCCAGCGUAAGCGGAGUGAACGCCACCAAGUCCACACAGCAUCAAGUGCACCCCCAACCCGCUACGGUGCACGAUACCCUCGAUCCGUACCGUAUUAAUUCCCCAGUACCCGGGACUUCUGCCAUGGACGGGGAGAUGGAGAGACCGGCUGGGUAUUAUGGACCAGAGGCCGUGCUGACUCCAGUGCAAGAUCUGGUUGCGCGGGACAGCGUUGUUCAGUAGAGAAAAAUUAAAGUUAAAGGUCAAACUUUUGAAACCAAUGUGUGUCUUCUCCAUCCUACUAUACACAACACGCAUCGCGUGGUAUACGAAUGACAAGGCAAUUGCCAGGCAUUCUGACCAUUUUUUUAAUCAUCAAAGUGUUUUAAAGAUAGGCCUACAUAAGUAGCGAGAGUAAGUGCCCUAUAAAAUGUAUGAAUUGUUAGUGCCAGUUUCUUACACGACACAAAUGAAAUUCACAUGUCAAAACAACAACCGAGAUUAAUCUAUUGGGUCUUAGAAAAAGGCUUCUUCUUCAAAGUUCUGGUCCUAAAAUUAAGCUAGUUAUUUUCCCUCCAGUUCGUAAAGCACAGAAGAAAAGCUGAAAAUAAUCUGUGCAGAUAUCAUUUGUAUGGGAUGAAAAGUAAAUUUCAAUAUUUCUUUAAAUUUUCCUAUCUGAAACUACAGCAUAUGCUUACAUUUGGUUGGGCGCAGCGACGAUAAUAUGCCUUGACUACUCGCUUUGUCUCUUUUUGUUGUUGUUGAUUUUGAUAGAGGGAUAAGGUUACCCAUAAGUGGCUGGGGUGGGGGGAAGUCAAUAAAAAACACUUAAAGCAUAUUAAUUUUCUUUCUCCAUGAGUAUGUUCGUUGAAUCGGUCGAGGGCCCAUUUGUAUUCUUACAGUAUUAUGGUGCAGACGAUAAGCAUAGCUUUGUUUCAAAAGAAUCAUUGUUACGACACCGACACCGGUGGCUUACCUUUUUGCCAGAAGGAUUAGUGUUUAGCCCUCCACUAUAAGUUUAGUUAUCGUAAAUUCAUUGUAGAGACGUGGACAACGUAAUGCGUUAAAUUCUAAUUGUAUUGUUUCCCAUCAAAAUACUGUAUCUUUAAAACUUUGUUUUGACUCACGUUAGGUAUAUUAUUAUAUUGUACGCAGUUUUUAAUUUGAUUUUGUAAAUUUGAUUGUUAUAGACUUUUUCUUUCUCAAGUAUAUAUUGUCACGUAGGGGUAGAAGUUUUCAUCUGUGUGAAAUUCACUCCAGAUAUCUAUCUCAUAAAAAUGAAGUAUUACCAGGACACGGAAUUAAGUGCCCUUUGCUAAGGGUGGUAUG